UGGUUGCAGCAAACGUUCUUCUUACGGCUUCCCAUCUGCCGAGAGAAAAAAAGAAUUCUGCCUUCGCCACGCCAAGAACGGAAUGAUCAACUUGCAAGCAAGAAGGAUGUGUAUAUCUGCAGAGUGUCCAGUCACCGCCAACUAUGGAUUCGAGAGGAAGUUCACACACUGUCGCAAACAUGCGGAAAGUGGGAUGAACGGGCGCUGUGGUCGUAUUAUCUCCAUACCCCGUAUAUCAGCGACUGUACCGGUGGCUAAAUCGGCAACCGGAGCUGCUUCGGUGACGGAGUCGGCACCGCUAUCUGUGACGCAUGUGGGCGCGCCAGCAGCAGCUGGAGCGGCACCAGUUGAAGUGUUGCAAGCGGCAAAAGCAGCACAUGCGGCAACGUUGGGUACCGGCGGCGGCAUCGGAGGCGGCCGUACCAGACGAACGGAGGAAGAGGUGCGGCAGGCCAACGCGACAAAUCUAGAACUCUUGGCGACACCCGCCUCUUCAAACGCGGGAGUGUUGACAAGUGGGGGUGGGAGUGUCGGUACGAACAGGAGCACAGCGAAGUCUUUGCACGACGAGGGCGAGUUAAUGCAGCCGUUAACAGAGGAGAGCACAGCAGCAGAGAACGCGACGCAGACGGCGAUAGAGGAAGCGAGGCGGCCGGCGGUAGGACAGCCAACAGCAGCGGAGCCAACAGCAGCAGAGGAAGCACUGCCGCCAGAAGCGCUGGCUGUAGAGGAGCCAGCAGCAGCGAUAGAAGCAGCUCAGACGGCGGUAGCGUCGGCGCCAACAUCGCCAGCAUUGGCAGCGGUGCCGAUAAGUGUUGGGAGCGCUAGCAGCAGUAGCGGCGGCGACGAGGGUGGUGGGGGUGGCGGCAGCGGGAGCAAAAGGUGGUUGGGUGGGUGCGCAAUAGCGGAAGGGGCAGGGUGGGUCGACAGCAAUGCGACCAAUCUGAAUCUGCUCGCCGACACCUGUUUGAGUGCAGGAACGGCGCCAAGCGGGGAAGGGUGUGAUGGUGUGAACGGGGGUGGUGGUGUGAGCGGGAGCGGGAGCGGGAGCGGGAGCGGGAGCGGGAGCGGAAGCGGGGGUGGGAGCGGGAGCGGAAGCGGGGGCGGGGGAGAGAACGGAUGCGUAGGUGGUGAUUGGCAGGAGGAGGACGCCGCAUCUAUAAGGCUUGGCACCGUUCCAGUGGCCGAAGCGGGCUCGGAUGGCGGGGCCGAACCGGCGGGAUCUUCGGUUCCCGUGUCUGCGGCAGUUGAAUACGGCGCGGCGGACGUUUCGCAUGAGCGCGAUGAGGACGACACGGUGGUGGACAUUGCAUGGGAUGGCCCCGACGCAACGUUGGUGGGUGCGAUCGACACAGUGUCUGGUGGGGGCGGCGCGGACUGUACGUUACUGCUGUCUGGCUCCACGCAGGCGCCUGUAGCUGCCGGCGAAAAAGUGGUAGAAUUGGCUGCGGUCCUGGACGCUGGACAAGAGAUGGGGCCUGAGCAGCCUGUUCCGGCGAGCGAGGCCUUGGUGGGAGGUGAUGAGGCGAUGCAGGUAGCGAGCGAGGCCAAUGCCGGCGAAGUGAUUGCACAAGAGCCGGUUGAAGGACAGCGAGCACAGAACGGCGGCGGCGGCUCGCGAAGGGGUUUGGUGGAAAGGCAGCUCCGGCGGUCGACCAGGAAGACCGGUAGCACUCUCGAUCAUAUAGCAGAGCGGGUAGGGGGUGACGGAUGUAGGGCUGAAAGCGUCGACUGCGGCGGUGGCGGUGCUGCCACCGGCAAGCGGAAGGGCAGCGAAGAGCAGGAAAGGCAGGGGGGUGAUCAUCGCUCUGUGUUAGGACGGGCAGAGAAGAAGUCUACGGCGAAGAAGAAGCCUGUGUCGCAGAGGAAACCGCGGGAGGCGAGGUUGGCUCAGGGUUUCAGCAACAAGGAAAAGGGGAAGACAAAGAGAGAUGAGGAUACGGUCAGGCGAAAAGAGAACAUAAGACUCGAGGACAAGGAGCGCGAGAGAGCCACACAAGCGAAGCUGAGAUUGCAACUUGAGAUAGGGCGGAAGAGGGUGGCAGAAAAGGAAAAGGAACGGCGGAAGGUGACUCGCCUACAACACAAGGAGGCGCUCGGGCGGCAACAUGCUGAAGAAGAGAGCGAACGACAGAGGCAGUCCGCCGAAGAGCUGCGUAUCAGAUUAGCCGCUCAACUGGAGGAAAAUAAGAUGAUAAAGCGCAAGCUGGUGAAGGAGAGAAAACGCAAGGAGGCGUGCAGAAAGCUCGUUGAUCAGCUUGGCGACAUACACCAGCGCCCUCGGCGAAAGUGCUCGCACCCUCCUGAUGUGGCGAAGAUCCCUCCCAUUACGGCGGCUGAUGCACGCGGAUACUACGCAUGGGCGCACGAGAAGGUCGUGUGUAAGAAGAGCGAUAUCGCGGGAAACGGUCUUUUCAGCAAAGGCGCGGUCGAUAGAGGUCAAGAUGUUUUCGCGGCACUUCUUCCAGAUGAACCAGUGGAGUCAGCGUUUGCCAAUGCAGACUACAGCUGCUACUCGCACAUCAUGCAUGCAGACGGACAAAGCGCGCUAGCGAUUGAUCCAGGCCGUAACAUGAGGGGCAACGUGUUCGCAUGCGAAGCGGAUAACGACAUUAGGCUCUUACGGCUUCUCAAUCACUCGAAAUCACCGAAUGUAGAGCUCUCCGUAGGCGACGCCGCGACGCCCGAUUGGUUCGAGGCUAUCGGAGGUGCCGAGUAUGGGCCUUGGUACACGUGCUCGAUCAAGGCGCUUGAAAACAUCGAGAAAGGAGUAGAGCUCACGAUUAAGUAUGCUGGCGCGCCUGCAGAAUGGGAUUGCACACACACGAUGGCAAACGGGACCCGGUGCAAGAAAAGAGUAUGUUUUGGUUCACCGGUGUGCCGGUUGCUCAGCUCCACCAAUAACGGCGUAAAAACCAAAGACUCGACGAUCCCCGGCGCAGCUCGUACCACGGUCGUCCCCAAGGCCAUCCACGGCGUCAUCCCCGAGAGCAUGACACUCGCGUACUUGACCAAGGCUCAUGCAGACAAGAUUGAGAGUAUGGUGGGCACGUCGUAUCUAAAGUGGACGCACACGGUGCCGAAAAGCGCGAAGAAGUUCGUAUCGAAGCUGUCCGCGGAGGACAGUGUAAUCGCGGUGGUCGUCGUCCGCGCCAAUGCCGACCUGUCUGACGAGAAACGCCAGAGUUUGCUGACGCCGGACGGUGGUGUGAGCGAGUAUCGAUUGCUAUCAAAGUUGCGCGAGCAUGUCGGCCACGUGAAGGCCGAUAGCGAGCCAGUUGUACCCGAGAGGCGCGAGGCGCAGUCGGUGUCGAUUUUGGUGGCCCGUGCCGCCUCCGCGAAAGGCGCUCAUGUUGCGGGAAAAGAGCGUCGGAUCAAGCGUGAGCCGAUUUCUAAGGUGUGACGAGAGUGGGUGUAGAUAGGACAGAGUACGUCCGACUAAUGUGCAUGGGCACUAACACCAGCGAGUUGGAAGAGUACAACCGGGGGCUCGGGUCCAUGCAGGUGCAUUGGUGUCGUUUGGAGCUCGCACGAGCGACGUUCGUCGCUGUCCCGAUACGCCGAUUGUGGGA